AUGAAGAUUGCCAUCGCCCUUGGAAUCCUCGCUGCACUGGCAGCUGCAGCUCCCACGCCUCACGGCGUCCACCCGCGCUCCGAAGAGGGCACAACCGUCGACGACAUCUCGCAGCAGCUCUACGGCGCUUGGGGUGGGAUUAAGAAGCGCGCUGAAGCCGAUGCGGAGGGCACGACUGUGGAUGACAUUUCCCAGCAGUUGUACGGCGCUUGGGGGAGUAUUAGGAAGCGCGCUGAAGAGGCCGCCGAGGGAACCACUGUGGACGACAUUUCGCAGCAGCUCUAUGGUGCUUGGGGCGGAAUCAAGAAGCGCGAGCAAGGUGGUGCAGAGGGGACCACCGUCGACGACAUCUCGCAGCAGCUGUAUGGAGCCUGGGGCGGCAUCAAGAAGCGUGAGGAAUAG